UGAACGAACAAGCUCAUUAACUAUCGUCUUGACAGCGCAAGAGCUCUUCGUUUUUGAAUGAGUUAUCCAUUGCCAGUGCCUGCGCACAUGAGGAUUCCGCUAAGGUGCUGAAAGGACAGCUCCUGGGAAUCAACAGAGCCGACGACAGGAAUGAUAAUCAGGAUGUUUAAAUUAAGACUCCUCAACGCUGUCGCCCCAGCAUACUUUUUCUCGGCCACAGCGGUAACCUUCAUUUUUCACUUCUGCUUUUUCAUCCCAACGAUUUUUCAAAGCCCGGGCAUCUCACUGAGAGCAUCAACUGUGAUUCACACCGCCAUUUUCCUAUACCUGAUGCUGAACGCUUUAGGUAACUAUGUCAUGACUAUAAAGUACCCCGCUGAGAGCGCAAAUGAGACCGUGAUUCCUGCAUGUUCUGCAGAUUGCUCAGAUAAAAUAGACGCCCACUACCUCCUCAACGGUCGCCACUUCUGCAAACUCUGUAAGAAAGUCAUACUCAGGAGGGACCACCACUGUUUUUUUACUGGAAAUUGCAUUGGCAACAAAAACAUGCGAUACUUCAUCAUGUUCUGCAUAUACACGUCAUGCACUUGUUUGUACUCCUUGGUUCUUGGUGUGGCCUUUCUAACUGUGGAAUACAACAUCUCCUUUGAGAACCCAUUGACUUUCCUCACCCUUCUGCCCCUCUCGACUGGUUACUUCUUCCUCGGAGUUAUUUCAGGUCUGCAGUUCUUCCUGGUGUUGAUGCUAUAUGUGUGGCUGGGCAUCGGCUUGGUGUGUGCAGGGUUCUGCUGUCAGCAGGUGCUGCUGGUAGCGCGGGGGCAGACCUACUGCCAGAUGAAGCGAGGCCAGCUGGUGGAGAGCUGCAGCUCCUGGAAGGACAACCUGAGUGAUGUGUUUGGCUCCCACUGGGCGGUGGGGCUUUUCCUGCCAGUACAGACAGUGGAGGCCUUUUCAGGAGAGGUCGCUGCCCACCACCAUAAACAUGACUGAGGUUCACCAGGGUAGAGAGAACCUGGACAUCAUUCACAUGAACUACCCCCAGUGGUUCACAUAAAGAAGAUAUCAAUUGCAUACUCCUCGAGUCCUCUCUCUUCGUCUCCGUCUCAAAACCCAUUGGAUGAGAAAGCCAGAGGUCCCACCCCUCUGACCUUCUCCUCCAAUGGGUUAUGAGAAGGAGACAAAGAGAGAGGACGCGAGGAGUAUGAAAUUGACAUCUUCCCAUUGACUCAUCAUCAUGCUUCCUUGUUGGGCUUGUCAGGAGGAUAGUUUAAAAUGUACAUCAAAUGAGGGAAGCCCAGAACAAACAUAAUGUGUCCAUGAUAGAUAGAUAUGCCCACACAUACCUGUUCUGACCUCUUCAUCUUAACUCGUAUACAGAAAACUGUGCUCAGCAUAUAUACACACACACAUAUAUAUAUAUAUAUAUAUAUAUAUAUAUAUAUAUAUAUAAAUAACUUACUGAUAAUGGCUUUUAAUGACAUUGGUCUACUAUUCACAGAAUGUAUACAUGAAUACAUUCCUUGAAGGACAGGAACAAGAGCAAUCUGAGAAGUGUAUGGAAUGCAGGUGUAAAAAGCAAUCCAAGAAGAUGUAUAAGUAUGUACACUGCAUUUGGAAAUUAUUCAGAACCCUUGACUUUUUCCACAUUUUGUUACUUUACAGCCUUAUUCAAAAAUUGAUUAAAUAGCUUUUUACCCCCCUCAUUAAUCUACACACAAUACCUCAUAAUGACAAAGCAAAAACAGAUAUUUUUUGUGUGCAAAUUAUUAAAAAUAAAAAUUGGAAAUAUCACAUUUACAUAAGUAUUCAGACCCUUUACUCAAUAUUUUGUUGAAGCACAGUUGUCAGCGAUUACAGCUACAAGUUUGGCACACCCGUAUUUGGGGAGUUUCUCCCAUUCUUCUCUGCAGAUCCUCUCAAGCUCUGUCAGAUUGGAUGGGGAGCGUCGCUGCACAGCUAUUUUCAGGUCUUUCCAGAGAUAUUCGAUAAGGUUCAAGUUUGGGCUCUGGCUGGGCCACUCAAGGACAUUCAGAGUCCCAAAGCCUGUCUUGGCUGUGUGCUUAGGGUCGUUGUACUGAUGGAAGGUGAACCUUCGCCCUAGUCUGAGGUCCUGAGCGCUGUUGAGCAGGUUUCAUCAAGGAUCUCUCUGUACUUUGCUCCGUUCAUCUUUGCCUCAAUCCUGACUGGUCUCCCAGUCAUUGCCGCUGAAAAACAUCCCCACAGCAUGAUGUUGCCACCACCAUGCUCCACCGUAGGGAUGGUAUUGGCCAGGUGAUGAGCGGUGCUUAGUUUCCUCCAGAUAUGAAGUUUGGCAUUCAGGCCAAAGAGUUCAAUCUUGUUUCUCAUGGUCUAAGAGUCCUUUAGGUGUCUUUUGGCAAUCUCCAAGCGGGCUGUCAUGUGCCUUUUAUUGAGGAGUGGCUGCUGUCUCGCCACUCUACCAAAAAGGCCUGAUUGGUGGAGUGCUGCAGAGAUGGUUGUCCUUCUGAAAGGUUCUCCCAUCUCCACAGAGAAACUCUGGAGCUCUGUCAGAGUGACCAUCAGGUUCUUGGUCACCUAACUGACCAAGGCUCUUAUCCCCUGAUUGCUCAGUUUGGCCUGGCGGCCAGCUCUAGAAAGAGUCUUGGUGGUUCCAAACUUCUUCGGCGUAAGACUUGAUGGAGGCCACUGUGUUCUUGGGAACCUUCAAUGCUGCAGGAAUGUUUUGGUACCCUUCACCAGAUCUGUGCCUCGACACAAUCCUGUCUCGGAGCUCUAAGGACAAUUCCUUGGACCUCAUUGCUUGGUUUUUGCUCUGACAUGCACUGUCAACUAUGGGAUCUUAUAUAGACAGGUGUGUGCCUUUCCAAAUUAUGUCCAAUCUAUUGAAAUUACCACAGGUGGACUCCAAUCAAGUUGUAGAAACAUCUCAAGAUGAUCAAUGGAAACAGGAUGUACCUGAGCUCAAUUUCGAGUCUCUUAGCAAAGAGUCUGAAUACUUAUGCAAAUAAGAUCUGCUUUUUUAUUUUUAGUACAUUUGCUAAAUUUUCUAAUAACCUGUUUUCGCUUUGUCAUCAUGGGAUCUUGUCUGUAGAUUGAGGAAAAUAAUUGUUUUAAUCCAUUUUAGAAUAAGGCUGUAACAUAACAAAAUGUGGAAAAAGUGAAGGUGUCUGAAUACUUUCCGAAUGCACUGUGUGUAGUUAUUUUGGACUACAUGAUAUCAAUUAUAAUUCAUGUAGUGGUUACACUUAAAUAACUAAGUGCAUGCUUACCUUUCCUGUGCGGAUUUUGUGGCAAUAUGUUGCUAGAUAGCAUUUAACACAAAAUGCUGUGAUAGAACAUUUCAAAUAAGGAUUUAGAGUCUUUAGCUGGUAUGCACAGGUAUGAUACUCCAAACAUUUAUUAUUAUUUAGACAUUCAGGAAAACACAGUAGCAUAAAUGACUGUAUUGGGGCAGAUGUUGGGACCUACACAUAAUGGGGGGAAGAUGUUGUUAUUGUCAUCAACAAAGUGAUUUUCUUUUGUAGAUUUCCCAGUUUUAACUUUCACCAAAGGGCUACUGUCGCUAACAAUAUGUAACUCCACUGGAGGGAAAACUCACUAAAAUGGCUGUAUAGCACAAUUUGCCAGGCUUACAAUGGUAUCAGGAGUAUGGAACAUUCUAUUGCAUAACAACAUUUGAACUAGAACACCAAUUUAAAUACUUUUUGUUGUUGAUAAGUUUUCUCUGAAAAUAGGGGAAAUGUGUUAUCAGUUUGUAGAUACACAUUCAGACAGUGCUUUACAAGGAGAAACAGAAAUCUACAGCAGAGGAAAACAGGGUAAGAAUUCAGGUUGCUGAUCUUUAUGUCCAAACUAUUAUGUCCAUUGUUGUCGUAUGGCCUGUACCUACAAAUGACCCCAAAGAUGAUGAACCGUAGUUUGGAUUUGUUCAUGGUGGGAUCCUACAAUAAGACUGUACACUUGUUCCAAAUUUGUUGAGCAAGAGAUUGUGCCUUCAGAAAGUAUUCAUAUGGGGGGGUAUGCAGGCUGUUGUUACAGCCUGCAUUUAAAAUAGAUUACAUUUAUUUGUUUUCUCACCCAUCUACAUACCCCAUGAUAACAAAUGAAAAACGUGUUUUUAGAAAAUUUAGCAAAUUUAUUGAAAAUGAAAUACAGAAAUAUCUCAUUUCCAUAAGUAUUCACACCCCUGAGUCAAUACAUGUUAUAAAUCACCUUUGCCGCGAUUACAGCUGCAAGUCUUUCUGGGUAAGUCUCUUCUGGGUAAGUCUAAGAGCUUUGUAUCCCUAGAUUGUACAAUAUUUGCCCAUUAUUAUUUUCAAAAUUCUGUCAAAUUGUUGAUCAUUGCUAGAAAAUCAUUUAAGUCUUGCCAUAGAUUUUUGAAGCCAAUUUAAGUAAAAAUGAACUAUUGAUUUUAGGUUAUUGUCCUGCUGAAAAGUUAAUUCAUCUCCCAGUGUCUAGUGGAAAGCGGACUAAACCAGGUUCCCUCUAGGAUUUUACCUGUGCUUAGCACCAUUCUGUUUCUUUUUUUAUCCUGAAGAACUCCCCAGUCCUUACAAGCAUACACAUAACAUGAUGCAGCCACCACUAUGCUUGAAGAUAUGGAGAGUGGUACUCAGUAAUGUGUUGUAUUGGAUUUGCCCCAAACAUAAGUUUAUAUUCAGGACAAAAAGUAUUUUUUUUGCAGCCUUUUUUGCAGUAUUACUUUAGUGCCUUGUUGUAAACACAAUGGAUGUUUAUUUCACUCUUAGUGUAGUAUUGUGGAGUAACUACAAUGUUGUUGAUCCAGCCUCUGUUUUCUCCACACACACAGCCAUUGUAUAUUUGCCAUUGUAUAUUUGUAAUGACUGGAUGUAUUGAUACACAAUCCAAAGUGUAAUAACUUCACUAUGCUCAGAGAUAUUCAAUGUCUACUUAAAAAAACAAAAACCAUCUACCAAUAGGUGCCCUUCUUUGCGAGGCAUUUGAAAACCUUCCUGGUCUUUUUGGUUGAAUCGGUUUAAAAUGCACUGCUCGACUGAGGGACUUUACAAAUAUUUGUACAGAGAUGAGGUAUGUUAAACACUAUUAUUGCACACAGAGUGAUUCCAUGCAACUUACAGUAUAGUGACUUAAGCAAAUGUUCACUUCUGAACUUAUUUAGGCUUGCUAUAACAAAGGGAUUGAAUACUUGUCUUGAGUCAUUUCAGCUUUUCAUUUUUGAUUAAAAUGGUAAAAUAAAUAUAUAAUUCCACUUUGACAUUAUGUGGUAUUGUGUGUAGGCCUGUGACAAAACAAUCUAAAUUGUAGAAAUGUCAAAUGUAACACAACAAAAUAUGGAAAAAGUCAAGGGGUGUGAAUACUUUCUGAAGGCACUGUAUAACAUUUUACAGCCCAUCUUUAACUGUAAUGAAUAUUCUGGUAUUUAUUCUGGUAUUAGAUUCCAUCUGGAGCAAA